AUGGUAGAAUGCAAUGGAGAAUGGAAUGGAGAAUGCAAUCAAAUGAUCAAACUCAUCACGAUUUCCUUAUGCAAGCGUACAGACGCAUUUCGUAUGAAUUUAUGUGAUUUAUGGGAGAAGGCAGAAACGCCUAGUGAAGGAAGAGGCGUCCAGAAGAACCGCCCAGGGCCUGAGAGAGGCCAAUCCCCAGUUGCUGCCCAAGGUUAUGAAAGAUGCCAUGACGGCUCCAGGCAAUUCCUGGACGAUGUUGGAGUGAUACUGCCCAAGCGAGUGGAUUCAGAACAGCACAGGAAACCACAUCCACCUAAACCAGCAACAAAACGGAAAAUUGAGGAUGAGCUGAGUGAAUCUGAGGAGCCUUGUGCCUCUGGUUCUAAAAGCACCAAACAGAAAUUGAAAGAACUGGGAUACCCACUUCUCCAUGAGGAUAACGCCGUCAUCCAAGCCUUGAAGAGAUACACCAAAGAUGUGGGUGACGGCCUGCUGGCUUCCAUUACUCCCAUACGAAGAAUGCUGGGAUACGUCCAGUUCAUGGCAGAGGACAAGAGUGGCUCAGGCUGGCAGCUGCUUCUGGACACAGAAAGAAUGACGGAGUACAAUCACCUUCUGAGAGGAACUGGAGCGUCACCCUCCACUGCUAAAAACUACUGUGACAAGAUUCUGACAGUGAUGAAGUUGGCAGAGUCCUAUUUCUUUGACCAGCCUGGCAUGCCAACUGACCCCAAUGAUCACAAGGCGUACAUGGGGAAUCUGAAAAAGUCCAUGAUAAGAAUGCGGAAAUUUAGGGACAGCAGAAAGUUGGAGCGGGAGAGGGACCUGGCCGACAAGAGAGCUCAGCUCGGAGAAUGCCUGCCAGAUGUGAGUGUUUGGGAAGAAUAG